GUAUACCGCUGGCUUUUAUCAGACAGCGUCCCGUUAUCAACACUCCUCAAAGCCAACUAUAGCAGAGGAUAGCUCUCUGUUUGUGUUGUGGAGAACUGAGAGGGAAAGACACCUUCAUGUGUUUGUCGCAGUGAAGAUAAGGAUGGCAGGUAGGGGCAGGCUGGUACCCUGUAUGUGUCUGGGGCUGUUUGGCGUCUUGUGCUGGGUCUGGGUCUCCUUUGCCUCCUUUCCUGAUGACCAACUUCCCCUGGAGGCCAUGGAUGCAGUGGACCGAGGAGCCUUUCAGCCCCAGAGUGCUCUCGCAGACAUGGAGUUCGCCUCCAUCAGCUCAUACCGAGGUCCUGGCAACUAUGACCGCCGCAGUAACAAGGAGCUGCCCAUUCUCCUGUGGUGGAGCGGAGGACUGUUCCCACAUUUUCCUGGAGACACCGAGCGCAUCGACUGUGCUACGUCCUCCUGCCUGGUCACAAGCAACCGCAAGGUCCAGCUUUACAAACGGACAGCAUCCAUCAUCUUUUAUGGAACAGACUUCCGGGCAUAUGAGGCGCCACUCCCUCGUCUCCGUCACCAGACCUGGGCAUUGUUCCACGAAGAGUCACCCAUGAAUAACUACGUGCUUUCUCAUGGACCAGGAAUCAGGCUGUUCAAUUACACUGCCACAUUUCGCAGGGAGUCUGACUACCCUCUCACCCUGCAAUGGCUACCCACUCUGGACUAUUUGCUGAAUCCUGUAGUCGUGUCCCUGGAGGAGAAGAACCGGCUGAGGAGGGAGGGCAUGGCCCCUGUGCUCUAUAUGCAGUCUCACUGUGAUGUGCCGUCAGACAGAGACAGAUAUGUCCAGGAGCUCAUGAAGUACAUCAAGGUGGACUCUUAUGGGAAAUGCUUGAACAACAAACCUCUACCUGAACAUCUGAAGGACACAUCCACUGCUACCGGCGAGGAGCCCACCUUCAUGGGUUUUGUUGCUCGCUACAAGUUCCAUCUAGCACUGGAGAACGGCCGGUGCACAGAUUACAUGACAGAGAAGCUGUGGCGGCCUCUCCAUCAGGGCUGCGUGCCUGUCUAUCGAGGCUCCUCUGUGGUGGCAGACUGGAUGCCUAACGACCAUUCUGUCAUCAUCAUAGAUGACUUCCCCUCACCAAAAGCUCUCGCUGACACCCUCAAGUUUCUGGAUGAGAAUGAUAAUGAAUAUGCAAAAUAUUUAGAGUUCAAACACCCCAGCCGUGUUACCAACUCUCGUUUGCUGGAGGCUCUAGAGACCCGCGAGUGGGGGGUUAAUGACAUGAGCAAACCCAACUACUUGAAUGGAUUUGAGUGUUACGUGUGUGACCAGGAGAAUGCACGACUGGCAGCAGAACGAGCAUACAGAAAGGCUCCUAAGAAGAACCAACCUCCUCAGCCAAAAAUGGCUGAAAAUUCUCAUAUGGGAUGCCCCCUGCCCAGUCCGGGGUACGGAGAUGUCCAAGACUUACCUGCAGAUGAUGGAUGGUUGCAAAUAUGGCCUCAGGAUUACUGGCAGAGCCUGGACCAAGCUGAGGGGCUGGAGUCUCUGAUAAGACAUAACGAGUCAGACCCUUCGCUGCUGUGGAAGCACAUCCAAAACAUUGCUGUGAGCAGAGCCAGAGGAAAACACUGACACAAGCCUCAAAACAAACCGAGGAUGGAGCACAUCCAGGAUUACAGGAGUGUCCUAUAUUAUGCAUCCUCUCUGUUUAAACGAGGGAAUGAAGCAGAAUGACUCAUAUUUUUGCACCUGAGCCAAAACUCCUUUACCCAUAUGAGCAGUUUAGUUAUACUAUAACAGAUUUUUAUAUUGAUAUGACCUACUUUUGUCCCUUUUGCCAAGUUCAGUAAUGGGAAAAUAAUGUUUUAAAAUGUUAUAUGCUAAUAUUUUCAAGUCGUUUUAUUACCGUAACUGAGGUGCCAUCAUUGCCCUUUAACCGCCUUACAUUGUUAACAUUAACUGCAUGCAGUGCAGUUGCUCCACAGAGGCACAUUCUCAUGGGAGGCAGGUUUUCAUUGGACUGGGGCAGAGCCAAAGACUUCUGUACCAAACUCUGAGCUCUGUCUAACUGUUUGUGAAAACCAUCAAGACUGGCCAAUGAACAACACUAGCUUUUUUUUUUCUUUUUCUUUUUUUUACAGUUACUCAGCAGGUAACUGAUGGUUUUUAGCUAAAGUCACAUUCAUGUACACAGCUAUUUUAAGUGACUAUGCAAGCAAAGUAUUAUUUCGCCCAGGGGUGGAGAAAGGCAACUGUAAAGUCAAGCACAACUCCCCAGAGGGAGAUCACCACUACAUUUGCAAAGUAGUUCUCAGGAACAGCUCAUCUAAUGGACAUCAUGUGAUUAAUACUUUAUAAUAUUACUCUAUUUUCUGUUACAUGAUGCGAAGAUCAUCAGUAUGUGCAAUAACUUUCCAAAUCAUGCUUUUCUUAAACAUGUAACUGCUUGAAAUCAUCCUGUGUGUCUACUAGCACACUAACUUUUGUAAUCACAUAUUUAUACCAGCGUUGUAUAAAUCAGUUUAUUUUGUCAACAAAGCAUUAUACAUGUGAACACACUAUUUUGUAACUAGAAGAACAAAACAAGUAAACAUUUUGUAAUAAGUCA